CUUGUGGAUAGUGAAUUUUUUUAUCUGUAGUAAAAGUGUAACUGUAUUCUAUUACGUAAAUAUUUGUGUUGAAAUGAGUGAUGAAGCAGUUCUUGGUCCAUCGCAGGCUCGGGGGAAAAGGUUGUUUAUUUGGUAACUACUCGGUACAAAACACAUCUUUGGCUGGGGACGAGACGCUGUUUUCGCUCUGCCGUAUAGUUAAGUUAUGAAUCAGGGUUUAACAGUUAAAUUCGUCUAUAUUACACAAUAAUGCCUGCUCCAUUUCAUUUUUCCAGUCGUUAUUAUUCAUUAAAGCUGAAAAAUUCGUAAGAAGAGAAACCGCGCACUCAGGUUAAUAGUUUUGUUGUACACGAUGUGUUUGCGUAUUUGUUUAGCCUACUUUAAAACGUUAAAUAUCGUGGUAUUUCCAUAGAGGAAUGAAUACAUGUUCGAUUUGUACGUUUGUAUACGAUAAAGGCCGUUUAUGUGCGACGCCCCAUCCGCACAUCACAUCGUCUUAGAGAUUAUUCAGUCCGUCAUUCUUUGCCCAUGGAUUCUAGCUAAUAAUCGUCAGCUGAGAGUAUAAGUUGCAGAAGACUGCUGUAUGACAGUACUGAGUGAAGAUAUGCUAACAGUCCCAUCUGGAGAUCAACACAAUGAGAGAGGUUUCUAAUUGCAUAGCUGGCAGAACUGAUUGUAUAAUAUGUUCAGACACUGGUGAUGCCUCAGUUUGAGAUCCAUUUGGAUGCUUAGGAACUUCAGAUAUGAAACCUCAUCCAGUGUAUGUCCACUGACCUCUGCUUCUUGUAUCUAAUGGAUAUCGUAACGUCAGAAGCAAGAAGGUCACAGGAAAGAAUGAUUUUGGAAGACAUUUUGAGAAAUGGAGAAAUUACAGUAAAGGAAGAAGUUCUGAUUACCACAUCCCUGGUUCCAGUUUUACCCACACACAUCAUAAAUGUGAAGGAAGAACUGGGGACAAGAACACCUCCACCUCCUAUCACCAAAACAGAAGUAAUAGAUCUUGUAGAUGAAGAAGAUGAUGAUGAUGAUGGUGGUGGUGAUGCUCACAGUCAUGAUGGAAUGGAUAUAACAUCACAGCCACCAGUAGUAGCUGACUUCUUGACUAUUGAUCUGGAGGAAGAAUCAGGUACAGUCACAUCCCCACCUACUUCUGACUGCAUAGAAGGUAAUGCAGAACCACAACAUUCCACCCUGAAGCAACCAAAUGCUCCAAACUCAGUUAUGUAUAAUGCAAGUGUACACCCAUCCUUGAGACCAGCAGAAACAAACAAUGAAGCCAACCUUGCUCGAGGACCAGAAUAUUAUGAGUCUAUGCAGGUAGAUCCUCACUUGAAGCCAAGUCAGACAAAUAGUGACUCCAACUCUGAACAAGAGCCACAAUGCUUGGGUCCUUUUGUAGAAUUGUCAAGCAUCAAGUGUCCUAAAUGCUUUGUGGUACUGACAGAGUAUUAUCAACUUAUCGGUCAUUCUUGUAUUGAUGAACACAUUUGGAGUGAGGCAAGUAAAACAAAACUUAAAUGCUGCUUUUGUGAGAAGGAGUAUAGUACUGUGUCUGCUUUGAAAAGACAUAUUAAAACAUAUGUUCGAAAGACAUACGUGAAGUGUAGCAUUUGUGGACUGCGCCUUACCAAUGAAUUUUCUUUCAAAACACAUGCACUAACACAUACAAAUCAGUGGCCAUAUCGCUGUGAUAUCUGUGGUCAAGGGUCCGUAUCAGAAUAUCACUUGGGACUCCAUAAAACGAUUCACACAAAUGAAAAGCCUUGGAUGUGUGAUGUCUGUGGAGCUAUGUUUCCAAAUCAAGCAAGAUUAAAUGGUCACAAAAUAUUUCACUCGGAAAAGAGAUAUGAAUGUGACUUGUGUUUCGCAAAGUUUAGAGGACAUUAUCAAGUUAAAGAACAUAAGAAGAAGGUGCACUCUGCCAGGAAAAAGAAUUUUAAGGCACAUGGUUAUGGAAAUAAUUCAGUAGAUGCCUGCAGUUCUUUGGGAAUGCUAUCUUCAAACUCUAAUGUUUCUCUUUCUGCUGAUGGAGAUGCAGUAAUGUCUGCAAAGUCUUCAGUUGUUUAUGGAUUUUGGUGGUAG